GCGCGAGAGCAGUCUCGCGUAACUUUGCUGAGGAAACAGUCGGGUUGUAGCAACAGUAAAGCCCAUCAUUAGACACAACGGGACGCUGUGAGAGGGACGCCGUCGCACUUCAGUCUUUCUUUAAGGUGGUCCACCACAACCAGAUUUGAACAGUUCGCACCAAACCCACACCCAGCGUAGGAGGAUGGCGGUGAAUGUUUACUCCACCUCUAUGACUGUAGAGAAUCUCAGUCGUCAUGACAUGUUGGCAUGGGUCAACGACUCUCUGCAGCUCACACACACAAAGAUUGAGCGGCUCUGUUCAGGUUCUGCUUACUGUCAGUUCAUGGACAUGCUUUUUCCAGGUUGCAUAUUAAUGAAGAAAGUUAAGUUCAAUGCUAAACUUGAACAUGAAUACAUCAACAAUUUCAAGGUCUUACAGGCUUCAUUCAAGAGAAUGAAUGUGGACAAGAUCAUCUCCGUGGAGAGGCUGGUGAAGGGGAAGUUCCAGGACAACUUUGAGUUCCUACAGUGGUUUAAGAAGUUUUUUGACGCCAACUAUGAUGGGAAAGAAUACGAUCCUCUAAUGUCACGGCAAGGCCAAGAGGGAACGCCGCCUCCACCCAACCCAGAUGAACCCAUUCGUCAGAAACCUAAAAGACCCUCUUGCUCAGGCCCCACGAGAACGUCUCCCACAACACCAAAGAGUGUUUGCACCCCCCCGAGGCAGAUAAACCUAACGGCAGCCCGCAAGACCACUCCCAUGACCCGCAACGGAGGAGACUCUGAGCUCCUAGGGCUCAACCAGCAGAUGCUGGACCUGAAGCUGACUGUAGACGGACUGGAGAAGGAGAGGGACUUCUACUUUGGAAAGCUGAGAGACAUCGAGCUCCUCUGCCAGGACAAAGAAAACCCAAUCCUCAACAAAAUCUUGGAUGUACUGUACGCUACCGAGGAUGGAUUUGCACCACCGGAGGAUGAAGAAAUUGACGAUGGGGAACAGGGAGACCCGGAAGAGUUCUGAAUUGUUCUUCCUCUCUUCAUCACCCUUCCCCCCACUCUCACCCUAGAACCUACUUAAAUGAAUGUUAUAAUCCUUCCCCGCCCUCCUUUUAUUCUUGACUUUUUACAAUCUGCCCUUAUUUUUCCCAUCUUGUCUGCGGCUGUCCAUAUCCAUGACGACUUUGUUGCACAACCUUCCCAAACUCUUAACCCAGAGCUUGUCUGGACUAGAGCCCAGCAGCCUGGCUUGGCUUACUCAACUUUAUUCUAACCUGUUACCAGAGGGGGCCGCUGUACUGCAGGGCUGGUUCAGCCUGAAUGGUUUCAGGUUAAAAGCAAUGAGAUUACAGGGAUCCAGCACUGACAUCCUGCAGCCAACAGUGCUGCACUAUCACUCUGUCUAUCUCAAGAGGCACGUCACUUUCUCAAACAUUGCACUUUAAUUGGUGACCCCACACACAGACACGCAUGCAUCAGGGUGCUCUGCAGAGUUUAUAUAUGAAACCACAACGUUUUUCCACACAAUGUGACCAGUUUAAGGAUGUUUUCGUUGUACAUUUCACAAGGUGAGAUUAUAAAGGGUGUUACGCCUCCAAGGAGGGUGGCCUGCACAUAUAUUUUGAACAUAUUGAAUAUGGUGAUGCACAUGAACGUACAUUUAGCCGCUGGACAUAUCACAGACUUUGAACUGCUCACAUGCAUAAAGAAAUCAUCCUCAAGAGUCGGCAUUUAUUCAUCAAAGUGUGUCCCACCAGAGAGGGUUUGCUCAUGACUGUUUUGACAGCUUGUUUAUGAGACGGCCUGGUGUAUUUAUCUUUUUAUUUAUUCAUGUUGUUUCUUUUUUUUUUUUAAAGUGCUUUUGGGUUUGGGGAAAUUGGUGUUGUUGCACCAAAUGUAGCGAAACAAACUGACUGAAAUAAUCCAAAAUGCCAACAAGCAGAGAAGAUACAGGAAGUUUUCAUUUUAUAUUUUUUAGAAUUGUUUUUUAUUGGCAUUGAAUUCCGAGUUAGAGGCGCCAGUGUAACAGUUAUUUAUCAGACAAAUGUCGGGCUUUAAAAUCUAUGAAUGAACAAAUAAUAGUCAGACUACAGACAGACACUACUAAAUACUAACGUUUUACUGUGUUAAUUGAGAAACAUUUUAGCUGCUAUCAUCACUCUUCCGUUCCCGUAACGAAUUGAGCAUUGUUGCAAUGCGUUAAGACGCCACAAUGUGAAGGAACUAUUGGUGUGGGCUUUUGUGAGUGACGUCCAGGAUUUGAACCAGCAAACAUAACAAACCCUCUCUCACCAUUUGUUGCUAUCGCAGCCACGUGAUAAAUCUUUGAUCAUUUACCGUUACUGCUGGAAUGAAAUAAAGCUCUGAUGUGCCAGAAAACUAAC